AUGGCACCCACGGAGGCCGACGCUGCCCAGCCAGCACCUUCGAAGAAGUGUGAUGGAAGUAUUCCAGCCUGUGGGAACUGUGCUCGUGCAGGUGUCCCGUGUGUUGAUGUCGAUGGCCGGAAUAAUGGUCUAUCCAUCCCACGAGAUUUCAUCACACGAUGUUACGCCAGGAUUAACUGGCUUGAACAAAGACUGAAGGAGAUCGACCCUCAGUUCGAUAUAUCUCAAGGGCCCGCAGUCGACAUGACUAGCGCGGAUGAAACAACCACCCCUCAUCGUCCUGCAAUAUCUACCAGCGGGACAGGUCAGGAGCAUGCACAUGCCCCGUCACCGGUACUCGAAUCUGUUGAUCGCCCCCUUGUGGAAGGUACCACGUCUUCCAAGCGCUCGUAUUCUAUGACAGAGGGGCCAGAGGUGGAACAGCCCAUUUUCGUUGAGCUGGGCAUGCUCUCCUUGCACUCCGAUUCCCGACAGAAACAUUAUCUUGGAUCGUCAUCGGGUCUGCUUUUCACGAGACUGAUUGGAAUUGACAGCGAACGAAGUUCGACGGCGAGCCCAGAGUUUGUAACGACAUCCUCCCGCAAUGGUCAUCGUCGCCGGUUGACCCCUGGUCGUAGCCAGUCACGCGAGGCCUACCAGGUUCUUUAUGACCGAUUAAGAGAGGAAUUGCCAUCACCCGAGGAAGCCAGUGCCUUGUUAGAGGUCUAUUUCCAGGUGAUCCACGUGGAUCACCCAUUUCUUCAUCCGCACUCAAUAUGUAAUGCGUAUCGGGCCCUGAGAGACUGUGCAGAGCUCGGCUGCAAUGGCCAUGUCGGACUCAAUGGCUGGAUUGAUACUAUGAAUCCUUUUUCCUACAAUGGAAGAUACGAUGUCAGUGCCGGCAACGAAAUCACCCCGAUUUCUGUUUUCACAGCUACUUUCCAUGUCUUUAUGGUGUUCUCACUUGCGGCGACCGUUAUGACCCGGAACAGAAGCUUUGAUCACUCUCCAGAUAAAUAUUAUCGGAUAGCCAUGUCAGCUGCCUCGGAAUGCUUUUGCAGCAUCUCCGUCCCAGCUCUACAAGGCGUGCUGCUGCUAAUGGUCCAGGGCUUGAUUGGGCCUGCGGCUAUCAACAUCUGGACGCUCUCGUACAUUGCGACGUCACAUUGCAUUGACUUGGGCCUCCAUCGGGAGCCCGCAGACUACUCUGAACUCACCCCCACCGCAUUGACAAUUCGCCGCCUUAUUUUCCAUACAGUCUAUUCUCUUGACCGCUCCAUAUCAACAAUCCAAGGAAGGCCCCUAGGUAUCCGGGACGAGACCUUCGAUGUAAGGUGGCCGAAGUUUGAGGAAAUCCAAGAUUUUACGUACCCAGCCGACCAGAGGAAUGAACUCGAUAUACAACUACCACCACCAGAGACCGUGGCUUUGUGCAUAUAUCGCUUCCGGAUCGACUCUUACAUCUCGGAAAUAAAGCUUCUAUUCUAUAGGUUGCCAGCGCAAGGGGAUGCCACGAUCUGGCCCACGGAUCUGGUUAGCAUACAGCAGCGCAUAAAGACUAAGCUAGAUGAUUGGCUAGCGGAGACCGCAAGUCUUCGGCCGACGUCGAGCAUGCAGGACAUCGAGGACGGAGAAUUGAAAUUUCACUGCGAACAACUUAAACUGGAAUCGUUGUACCAUUCGGCUAUCACCCUUCUUUUCCAGCCAUCCCAAGUCUUCCGAUCGCCCUCAAGGAAUGCUUUGAUUCUCUGCUACCAAAGCUGUCGGAGGCGCUUACGGAUAUACAAAUACCUCAACCAUGAAGAAAAGCUGCACUAUACUUGGCGUCAUGUACAUGGUAUCUUCUCCUCUGGGGCCACCAUUGUCUAUUGCUUUUGGGCCUCGCGUGACCUUCUGGAAACGAUACCAUUCUCUGAAGCCCUGGGCGACCUGCGCACAUGCUCUAACCUGCUCAGCGUUGGCAGCCAGUGGUGGCCCUCUCUUCGCAGAGGAAAGGACAGUUUUGAUAACAUGGUAGAUCUCACAAUCAAGCGAUUGAGCCAGCUACAGGCUUUGUCUCAGCUGCAGUCCUCAUCGCGGGCACAAAGACGACGGAUAGUGCAAUCAACCGAUCCAUCAUCACUCGUGUCGAACAUAGGGUCCAUGCCGGAUGUAGUUAACACGCAGAUGGGGUUACCUGUUCUUGACCAACAUCAUGCGGUCGUAUAUGGCUCUGUCAGCUCUGUUGACGCCACAGCUGCAGCUGCAGACACUGUACGAACCGAGUCAUACCCGGAACACCAUUUUGAGAAUGAGCCCGACUCAUUUAUUUCACAGAUUAAUGGCCUUCUCCCAGCCGAUUCCGACGAAUCUACUAUUGACUCAGCUAUGGAGGGCUUCUUGGUGGAAUAUUUACAUGGUGACUGGGGCUGGGAUCCGUUCUCUAGCAGCAUGGUAAACCCGGAGUACCCAUGA